AGCUGGAUUUUUUUACUCCACUCAUUUCUCCUGAAGGAUGAGAUCCCUGAAACACCUCAAACAUCACACCAGGAACAAUGUGGAGGAGGAGAGUGGCCGUCUGGUGCGGUGUUACCCCAAGGUGAUGGAGGGCCAGGUGGACGCAGGGACCCAGACAGACCCUGUGGUUGUGCUGUCCCUGGCCCAGGCUGCCGUGCUGGGCCUCAUCUCUCAGAAUGAGAUUUUCGGAGCCACCAUCGCCCCCAAUGGCUUCUACAUGGGAGAGCCCAGGGAGGGGCCCCCUGCACCUCCCGAGGGAGUGGAGUACGAGUGCGCUGACCAGCUGAUCGGGGCAAACGGGGACUACCUGGCCGAACCUGGGGGGGAGCAAGAGGGCCAGCCUCACGGCAGUGAGAGGAGGAGGCCUGGGCCCCGAGGGAGGACCAAGAGGGCCAGGAGGGAAGGGGAUCCAGGGGAGCCCUCUCACAGGCCCCCUAGCCCACGCACCCCUCAAGUGAAAGGGGAGCGUUUGGACUCGGCCAGCCUCCCUCCCUGCGUUCACAUGGUGAACGGCCGCAGCCCGAGCAAACAGGAGGAAGCCCUCCCCCACAGGGGGCCGGUGAAAGAGGAGCAGGCCUGUGGGAGCUGCCCGGCGUGUGUCAAGGAGACAUCCAGCCAGCCGAAGGACUCACGGCCGGAGGAGAGGAGGGAGACGAGGAGAGCGGAGCGAGGGGGCCAGGAGCUGGCGGUGGAUGAGGAGGAGGAGGAGGAGGAAGCGUUGAACCUCAAGACUGGUAGGGACAGCGAGAGUCCCCCCAUGAGUCGCUACUACGAGUCCAGCGAGGUAGCUUACGAGGCUGCCGACAUGGCCUUGCCGGGGGACUACGAGGAGGGGGCCCAGGCCAUGCUGUGGGCCGACCCGGAGGGCCACUUGGCCCGGCGCAUGCAGAUCGACCGCCUGGACAUCAACGUGCAGAUCGAUGAGUCCUACUGCGUGGACGUGGGCGAGGGCCUGAAGCGCUGGAAGUGUCGCAUGUGCGAGAAGUCGUACACGUCCAAGUACAACCUGGUCACUCACAUCCUGGGCCACAACGGCAUCAAGCCCCACGAGUGCCUGCACUGUGGCAAGCUGUUCAAGCAGCCCAGCCACCUCCAGACCCACCUGCUCACCCACCAAGGCACCAGGCCCCACAAGUGCACCGUCUGCAAGAAAGCCUUCACCCAGACCAGCCACCUGAAGAGGCACAUGCUGCAGCACUCGGACGUCAAGCCCUACAGCUGCCGCUUCUGCGGCCGCGGCUUCGCCUACCCCAGCGAGCUGCGCACGCACGAGAGCAAGCACGAGAACGGUCAUUGCCACGUCUGCUCGCAGUGCGGCAUGGAGUUCCCUACGUACGCCCACCUCAAGCGCCACCAGACCAGCCACCAGGGGCCCGCCACCUUUCAGUGCCCCGAGUGCCACAAGUCGUUCGCCUAUCGCAGCCAGCUGCAGAACCACCUGAUGAAGCACCAGAACGUGCGGCCCUAUGUGUGCCCAGAGUGCGGCAUGGAGUUUGUUCAGAUCCACCACCUCCGACAGCACGCCCUCACUCACAAGGUACUGACCGUGAAGGGCAUGAAGGAGUUCAAAUGUGACGUGUGCGCCCGCGAGUUUACCCUCUCCGCCAACCUGAAGAGGCACAUGCUCAUCCACACCAGUAUCAGGCCCUUCCAGUGCCACGUCUGCUUCAAGACCUUCGUCCAGAAGCAAACCCUCAAGACGCACAUGAUCGUCCACCUGCCCGUCAAGCCCUUCAAAUGCAAGGUGUGCGGGAAGUCUUUCAACCGAAUGUACAACCUCCUGGGCCACAUGCACCUCCAUGCUGGCAGCAAGCCCUUCAAGUGUCCUUACUGCACCAGCAAGUUCAACCUGAAGGGCAACCUGAGCCGACACAUGAAGGUUAAACACGGCAUACUGGACGCCUCCAUAGAGGAACAAGAAACCCCUGCAGACAUGGAGGGUCAGGAAGACUACGAGGAGGAGAGCUUUGAAUUCAGCGAGCGAGAGAACCUGGCAAGCAACAAUACGCCAGACAUCGCUAAACUGUCUGAAAUUGAGUAUUACAGCAGCUAUGGAAAGGGUGCAGGGCGGUACAACACUGCAUGAAUUAUUUAAAGAGACUACAAAUUGCAUAAAAGUGUGAACAAAUAAAAGGGUAGCGCCAUAAACUGCUACUGACCUAGGCACAAUGGGCUUUUACUUUCUGUAAGGGCAUUGGGUUAACAUGGCAGGAUAUACACAUUUAUAUGCACUGGAAUCUCUAUUCUCGUGUUCUAAAGUUUGUAGACUGCCCUCCCAACCCUCCUUUGUAUUUACGACAACAACUUUGUGAAUCUACUGAAACAUUAUUAUUUAGUCAAAUUUGCAGUUUCACAAUGUCAACACUGGGGUCUAUACAACACACCCCAAGAGCUGAACUCAGCAUAGCACAUUCUUGGGAAAUGCAUAUAGAUUUAAUUUGAUCUAAUGCACUUUCUUAGAUCUCCAUCACUUUUAAGAAAGUCGGCUGGCUUAUUAGUAAAGUAUUGAAGGCUGUGGACACAAAAGUGAGCGGGUUUACUCCGUUCAUGUAAUUUACCAAAGCCUCAGUUCCAGCAGGUGUCAUAAUUCAAGGCAAACAAUUUCCUCUCUGUAUCAGAUUCAUACUGUGACUAGUUAGAGCUACAUCUCAUUGACUCUAAAAACUACUUACAUAGGAUUUGUUUAUAUUUAAUUUUACUUGAGUAUAUUCCUCAAAUGAUAAAACGGUCUGAUUCUGUACUAUGAUUGAUGAAUGGCACUGAAAAAACUGUUUAUUCCUCUGUUUGGCACUGAAUGAGUUUGUGAACAAAUUGAUCUGAAGUUCCUGUAUUGGCAAGGAACAAGUGUAUCAGUGAUCACCAGUUGGAGAAGGCAAUUUUACUAUCCAAAACCCAACAGGAAGGUGCAAAAUACAACUCACCACAAGGAUUGCAAUUCAGCUGUCCUGUUAUUGCAGCCACUGUACCAAAGAAUAUAUAAUUCAGUCGCAAUGCUCCGGACCAAGGUGGUAGCAAUCCUUGUGGCCCUCUUCCUGAUCUUGUCUCCAGCAAAACUGGAACGUUUCGAUUUAAUGUGGCCCAAUAGCAGACCUCAUGUAAUUACAUUUAGGGUUUCUUCUCUUCACACUCUGAUGUUUCCAAAAGAUUAUUCCAGAGCAGCCUCCUGCAGCUUUUUCUAAAAACUUCACAAUUCAUGUCCUGCCCAGGCUUCAAUGGGACAGACUGGAACAUUUUUCAAAAACAAUGUAAACUCUGCAUGCUUAUUGCAGUUUGGGUUUUCAUGGAUGAAUCUCAAAAGGAAUUGUCCCCAAAACUUUGGACAGAAAUAUUAAGUGCCCCUGUGUGUCUGUGAGAGCACGCCAUCCAUCACGCUCCACGCUGGUCCAAAGUGAUGAACGACAACCUCCCAACAUGUGACAGGGCCACGGACCCAGCAGAAAAUGAUUUGGGAUAUUCACAAUAUAUUUCUUUUCCCAGUGCUUAGGCUUUCAAAUGUAUAACCUGCAAACAAGGUAUCCUACAAUGUUGAUAUAGUGCAUUUAUUAUCCAACAUGCUAAUUUGUGAAUUCUCUGUGUUCAUUCCAUCACUGUUGUAGUGCUGAAACAAAGGGGGACUAAAACCAUCUUGAAAUUUGAAUGGCUUUCUGUAUUGUUACACAUUGAUGUGGAUAUGCUGUCGAUAGAGCUGUAUGUAAAAUGUUGUGUACCAGACAAUACUGUAAAAUAAUAAAUUUAUUUACCUUUA